AUUGUCUUGAAACUUAUGAGUAUUAUUAAAAGACAGCUAGAGGAACUUAUACUAAUAAAAAGAACCAGAAUUGCAAACAAAUGUACAUCACAUUAUACCCAAGUAUUAUCUGGCUUUUUGUGUGGAUAAUUUAUUUGCCGGAUUGCAUUUGAUAUGUAAAUUGUAAUGUAAUUGAAUCAAGUAAAUUUUGUAUAAUCAAUCUUUUUCAAAACCAAUCUUAAAAGAACACCUUGUUAUAUUUUCUAGUUUUACAAAGUAGAGUGUGACUGAUAGGGAUUGUCUCUUAAUAGAGAGUUAAAUAGUUUAUGUAACUGUUAUAUUUUAACUAAAAUCUGUGCUUACUGAACUUAAGAUUACAUUUUAUUUUUUAAAACCUUAAACAGAAAUGACAAACCGCCUAACUUCAAUAGACACAAUGCCUAACUUAGAGGUUCUAAAUAGGUACAGGCUUGACAAAGGUGGAAUAGGGUAUUUGGAGCAGUUAUUGUAUAACAAGAUUCAACCCCUGGCUAGGAGAAAUAACAGUUUGUCUGUCAGAGACAAGAUUUUGGUAACUCUGAGGUACUUGGCCACCGGACCCAUUCAGCUUAAUGAUGCUGACAUACAUGGUGUAAGUCAGCCUACAGUUAGCAGAGUUGUGACUGAGGUAGUCUCAGCUUUAAACAGUCCAGACAUUGUUGGACAAUUUAUCAAAUUCCCUUGCACCAGAGAGGAACUGAUUAAAAAUCAACAAGAAUUUUAUGGCAUUGCCAAAUUCCCUAAAGUUGUAGGUGUGAUUGACGGCACACACAUAAGAAUACAGGCACCUGCAAAUAAUGAAGAGCUGUAUGUUAACCGGAAAGGCUUUCAUUCAUUGAAUGUUCAGCUAGCAUUUGAUCCCUUUGAUCAGAUCAUAGAUGUAGUAUGUAAAUGGCCUGGAUCUGUUCAUGACAGCAGAAUACUACAGCAAAGUGGCUUAACAACAAUAUUUGAAGGUGGACACAUGCCAGUGGGACAGUACCAUCUGCUGGGAGAUUCAGGCUAUCCAUGUAAGAAAUGGUUGCUCACACCAUUUAUAAAUCCCCAAACUAGUGGUGAAAUUGGAUACAACAGGAGUCAUAAAAUUACAAGGGCCAAAGUAGAACGUGGAAUUGGACAGCUGAAGCGGAGAUUUGGAGUUUUGCAUCGAGAAGUGUCAUUAAAGCCUGAAAAAGUUUGCAAAGUAGUACUAGCAUGUGCAGUGUUACAUAACAUUUGCAAGAGGCUAAACAUUCAAAUGCCAUUACAAGAUGAUGAUGAUGAUGACAAUGAUGAUAACAGUAAUGCUCAAGACAAUACAAUCAAUGGAAACAAUGCUGCUUUUCAGAAUGGUCUAAGAUUCAGAGAUCAUAUAGUACAGACAUACUUUUGAUGAUAAUUGUCUCAUACUUGAACAGUCUAAACAUUGGCACUUUGCGCAAGAUGUUGAUGUUGAUGGAAGACUUCUUUUUGAUGUUUUCAGCCCCACUAGAUCUACCUCACUGUCAUGAUCCGAUAACAUAAUUUCUGUUAUAC